CCAGGGGGCGCUGGUGUCAUUUCACUGUCGCAGCGCUACAUUGUUUUUAAAGCUGAGCCAGAGGAGUUGUCCUGCUGCUGCCGCACUAGUUGGGCUGACCAUCUGAAGGACACACAUGACAAGACAAAUAUCUCACCGCCAGCUGACGCACGAUGCAUCCAGAGCAGCAGAGAACAAGCCGUGAACUGCACAGACGACGGGCAGACCCCAGCCCCCGGGGCGCGAUGAGCGCGGGCCCACUGCAGCGCCUCGUCCAGACCGCCAUGCCUCGUUUCCUCUGCUUUCUGCUCCCCAGGGUGGAUGCAGCUGAUGUGGCUGUCGGGCAGAUGCCCGCCUCCUCCUCCUCUUCCAGCACUAGACCCAGCGCUCUGCCAAAGAACAUUGGCAAGCCAGAGUUUCCAGACACAGGAUGGGAGCGCAUCAAGGACCUCUUUGAUCGAGAUGAGAAGCAGAAAUACCCAGAGGAGCUCAUGAAUGUGAUAAACUGCGGCACUCUGGGUGCGGUCACCGGCUUUGUGUACGGCGGCCUGCCCGCUGCCCGCUUUGCCAGGCAGCGGUACAUCCAGCUAAGCCAGGCAGAGGUGUACACGAGUCGCGUGGAUGCAGUCCGCUCGGCUCACAACGCAGCUAUCCGGGGCUUUUUGCGAUACGGGUGGAGAUGGAGCUGGAGAGUGUCUCUGAUAGUCACUAUGGUCAGUUCUGUCAGCACCGGCCUGUCUGUGUACAGAGACAAAGACGCCCUCAGUAAUUACGUUGCAGCCGGAGCUGUCACCGCAGGCCUUUUCAGACUGAACCUGGGCCUGAGGGGGCUGGUGGCAGGAAGCAUCAUUGGAGCAGUCCUGGGGAUCCCUAUGGGAGCCAUGGUCAUCGGCCUGCAGUCUCUGACAGGAGAAACGGCCAGAGAGAGGAGGCGGAGAGAGCGCCGCGAGCUUUAUGAGCACAAGUUAGAAGAAUGGACGGCCCGUCUGCAGAUGACUGAUGAGUUGAUAGACAGCCUGGCCGUCACCGCUCAGCCGGAGGAGUCCAAGAAAGACAUGGAGAGGAUCGAGGAACUGCUCCGUUUAUCAAAUAGUGACGAUGUCGACAAAGACUCCAGCAGCCAGUGACAGUAGCUGGAUCCCUUCCUGGUAUUUUUCACACUUUAAAGGUGGGGCAUAUUUUCAGUGAAAGGAUAAAAUGUGGCCAUCUUUGCCUGGACUUUGAAGAUGGCAGUACUUCUCAUCAACUCGCUGUCAGAACUUGGAAAGCUCGCCGUGCACUGUAAAUGAAGAACGAAGGGAUUUUAAAAUCAUUUCCAUCUAAACCCUAACACUGGUAUGCUGAUGACAUAUUCAUCCUGGGAACUAAUAAAUGUGUCUUAAAUUACAGUUGGAUUUGUAAAUAUUUAGGUAUUUUUAAUAUAAAACAGGCGUUUACCAAAACUACAAGACAAAUUAAAAAGUUCUUGAAUAUAUUGGGAUACCUAUUAAUAAUAAGUUCUGCGAAAAUCCUCGACAUGCACUGACUGCCUGAAGUCUCCCUGUAACAAUGGUUAAGUUUGGUUUUUGAAUGUUGACUUUUUGUCUUCAGAUUUAUCUUUAGAAACUGUAAAGCAUUGAUUUUCAGUUUUUUCCCUGAGAGUAUUCGACCUGAGCGUUAGCAGAAUAUGGAGCCUUUGACAUCAACAGACGUACAAUACGGGCUUGCUGUACUUGCAGCAAAGGGUGACUCUACAAUGCAUCGGUGUGGCGAACAUUUAUAUAUAAUAGCCUUUUAUUUAAAUAGCCUUUAUAUAAAUAGCAUUUAUAUACAAAUGCACGCCACGACCUUCCAUUUUGUAUUUGCAGAGUACAGUUUCAGUUCACGAUGAUCUGCAACAUAAAAUGCAUUCAAGUUG